AGAGGCCUUGUGCAAACCAAAGGUGUAAACUUUGGGUGGGAAUUUUAUCUGGGUAGUUCCCAAAGGCAUCACCCACGAAAGUUCGAAGGGGACGAUGGGACUUUGCUUUUCCCAAGGAAACAUCGUCUGCCACUCGUGUACUUCUUUGGCUUCGUGAGGAUUUGUCGAUGAAGAUCGGUGCUUGAGCUUAGGAAAAGAGCCGGGAAGUUGGUAGCUUUGGUUACUGUCCUAAGAGGAUCGUUUGCCUCGUCAUCUGUCGGCUCUACCCUGCCCUGAAAGAAAGGCUGUACGCACUUCUCAAGCCGGCGGCAGAAGAACCCUCGAUUCCAAGAAGGAGGAGGAGGAGGAGGAGGAAGAAGGAAGAGAUGCUGUUCCAGGUGGGAGGGCAAGGGACGCGUCCCACCUUCUUCGAGAUGGCGGCUGCCCAGCAGCUCCCGGGCAGCCUCCGUGCCGCGCUCACCUACUCCGUCGGCGUACUUGCCUUGAGAAGACCUUUCCUUCACAAAGUAUUGGACUACGAAGAUGAGUUCUUUGCACUGCUGAUGCUGGUUCUCGAAAGUCACAGCUUGCGAACUACAGAUGCUUCAUUUUCCGAAUCUUUAUAUGGGCUACGAAGGAGAGGGGUGAAGAUAAAAGCACAGAAGGAUGUUGCUCUUUUGAACUCAGGGGAUAGAUUGCAUCAUUCUGGGUUAGAAAAGCGCCAGAAAGCCCUAUCUGUUGUGUUCCUGGUGGUCUUGCCAUACUUUAAAUCAAAAUUGCAUUCCAUAUACAACAAAGAAAGGGAAGCCAGACUUCAAGCAAGUUUAUGGGGUCAUGGAGAAGAUAGCUUGGAUAAUUUGGACUACGUCACUGGAGGAGAGGAUGUUGUCGUCUCAGUGGGAACUUCGAAUGCAGAUCGAUCAAUCAGAACACACUUGAUGAAGAGGAUUCAGAAAAUAGUAGGUGCUUGCUACCCAUGGAUACAUGCUAGCUGUGAAGGAUUGUCAUUUGCCUAUCAACUGUUGUAUCUAUUGGAUGCCACCGGAUUCUAUUCUCUGGGCUUGCAUGCACUUAAUAUUCAAGUUUGUCGAGCUACUGGGCAAGAGCUGAUGGAUACUUCAUCAAGAAUUUCCAAGAUACGAAAUCAAGAACGUGAGAGACUUCGUGGUCCUCCAUGGUUGAAGGCAGUACAAGGUGCCUUGCUCUCCUGUACGUAUACAGUGCUUGACUAUGCACAGACUGGAUUAAUUGCAGCUGUAUUCUUCUUCAAGAUGAUGGAAUGGUGGUACCAAUCUGCUGAGGAGAGAAUGUCAGCUCCAACCGUGUACCCUCCUCCACCACCACCUCCACCUCCAAAGGUUGCAAAAGAAGGGAUUCCACUGCCACCAGACAAAACAUUAUGCCCUUUGUGCUCACAGAAGCGAGCAAAUCCAUCUGCAGUUACUGUCUCGGGGUUUGUCUUCUGCUAUGCUUGCAUUUUCAAGUAUGUUUCGCAGUAUAAGCGCUGUCCAGUCACAUUGAUGCCCGCAACAGUUGACCACAUAAGGCGGCUGUUCCACGACAUGUAGGAUACUCAUAUCUCUGCAGAUGAUCAUCUUUCUAGACAUGGCCAGAACCCAUGGUCAAAUGAAGGAAACAAUAUGCUGCAAUUGAACCGAAGACGGCCGUUGGGGUGUUUGGAGCAAAGUUGUGGUCUGACAGCGUUUAGUUACCUGAUCUUGCCAGCCCAUGAGUUGUGACUGAGAUACAUGUCAAACUUUGUUUCACCUCUCAUGCCUUCAUUACAUGCUCACAACAUGCUCAAUACGAGUGAAAGUCUCUCUCGGAUUACUCAAGCCCAGUCACUUGCCUCACUUGUUUUUUCCUUGGCAAAAAAGAGAAAGUGACGCGGCCAUAGUUUGUACAUACCUUUGAGAUUGUCUCAUGUCUUAAACUAUAUCAACACUGAUCAUUUUUAGAUUAAUAAAGGCAUCCAUGCUUGAGGGCUUUUCCUGUGAAA